ACAGUCGGAUUUGAGUGUCAUUUCAUCAAAUUCGUCAGAGGCACAGCUGUACAGCUACGUAUAAAUAUAUAUAUUUCUUAGUAAAAAGCCAGGAAGGACUACAACUAAGCAGAUCCCACAAUGUCUGACCAGAACGAUCUAGAACAAACUGAAGACGAUCCAGAAUAUAAGGAGCUCCUCGAGUACUUUAAGAGCAGAAAUAUUAUUUCCGAUACUCCCCCCCCAACGAUCUGUCCCGGAAGGGCUAAGAUCACUGCCAACGGUGUGGUGAACAUCGAACGCAUCACCGACUUGAGCCGUUUCCACAUCAAGGCCGUACUUAAGCUGCCCGACCUGAAGGAGCGCGCUUCGUAUUCGUCCCACAAGGGACUGUACGAUCUGUCCUUGCAGCUGGCCGAGAAUCCGCCACCGCCGCCCAGCAAGUCCCAAGACGAAAAGACGCCGAGCGCUCAGAACCCUGAGCACAAAUAAGAGCGAGACAAUCAUUUUUAAGCCAAAAAAAAAACUACCACCAGAACACAGAACACAGAAUUUGCAAUUUAUUUACAUAUGUAAACAUCGAUAGCA